AUGACGCCACUGUUAGAUCACUCCAUAUUAGAACCCAAUCAAUCCAGAGUGGAGUCGAUAAUAUCUACGGCGGACGAAUUCGCCAAGUAUGCUAGAGCCCACCCCAAACGAUCCAGAGAAGACGACGAAGAUGAGAAUUCGAAUGCCGGUGGCACUGAACUCUUCAUACCCAACAAUCCAUGGGACGAAGAUUCUGAUGUUGGAGAUGAUUCGAACUCUGAUGACGACCCAUCAUUGAUGGUAAUGCAAUAUAACCCCAAUCAAAUCCGAAGCAAAAUCAGAGCAUUCAUCAAUAGCGGCGAGAUGAAAGUUGGAGAAUUUCAACGUGCGAUCGACGUCAGUGCCCACUCUUAUACCAACUUCAUGAAGACAAAGGGAGUGAUGGGGGGUUCAGGUAGUGAUACGUAUCCCUGCGCUCACAGGUUCUUCGUCAAGCGAGAACGAAAAGGUCUCAAGAUCCCUCGGAAAACUUCAAAGACUGUCAAGACUGCCAAAGAUGGCAAAGGCAAAGAUCUUAAAGCGGUCGCCGAAGAAUUAGAUGUCAGUAUGAUAACACUGGAUGGAGAAGAAUCACUCGCUGUGCCAGUCUACGAUACAUGUGAUGACAUCCGUACCAAGAUCAACGCUCAUUUAAGAAAGCCAGGUGUGACAAUGGCUGGAUUUGGAAGAGUGAUCAACGAAACUUAUAGGAAAAAUGACCCAGAGUCAAAACCUGUUCACGGUAUCCAAAACUUCCUGGAGAAGAGUGGCCCAAGAGCUGGUGCGACAUCCAAAACAUUUUACGGCUCAUACGUUUACUUCGAAAAACUCAGACUAAAACACAACAAGAAGAAAUCUGAAAAACGUUUGGAGAUGGAGGACAGAUACGGAUAUAAAGGUUUCGAAACUGAUUACGAUAACAGACAGCGUUUUAUAAUUCCCACCUCCAUGGUAGCAUGUGAGGAUAGCUAUGGCACCAAGCAUGUUGUGCGAGUCUAA